AUGAAAUUUGGCGAACAGUUGUCCAGUCAUUUAACUCCGGAAUGGCGAAAGCAAUAUAUUCGUUAUGAGGCGCUGAAAUCAAUGUUAUAUGAAAUGAUCACAGCAUUGCCGACGGAAACGGAAGAUCGCGAACAAUAUAUCUCUCAAAUGGAUGAGAAGUUUUUUGCGGAAUGUGAACGAGAACUGACUAAAAUUAACCUAUUCUACAGUCAGAAAAUAGCUGAAGCUCAAGGAAAAUUCCAUGAAUUAAAUGCCGAAUUACUAGCUUUCAAGGAGGCUUUGGAAAAUCGAGAAACACAAUCCGUCACAGAUUCUACUACUUUACGACAACGGUUCAAGCGGCAUAGCGUUUCUGCACGAAAUAUCACCAGAGAGCAUGCAAAAACAGCACAACAAUUGAAACUUGCUUUCUCCGAAUUUUAUCUGGCAUUAGUUCUGUUACAAAAUUAUCAGCAACUGAAUGCAACAGGAUUUCGGAAGAUUUUGAAGAAGCAUGACAAAUUGAUUGGAAAUGAACGAGGUUUAGAUUGGCGCAUUAGUCGAGUGGAGAAGUCAUCUUUUUUUCUGAACCGUGAAGUGGAGACGCUAAUCAGUAAUGUGGAACGAGAUGUAAUUAAUGAUUUAGAGGGUGGCAAUCGACAAGCUGGAAUGAAACGACUUAAAGUACCACCAUUAAGUGAGAAGCAACAUGCUACUACUACAUUUACCUUAGGCCUCUUUCUUGGAGCAUUUGUUGUACUUGGAAUAGCAAUAAUUAUUUCCUGGUUUGCAUCUGAAUCACGACCUGCUGAACCAAAAUGGGUUGCUGUUAGACUUUUUCGUGGUCCAUUAUUGCUUUUUGUUGCAAUUUGGCUUUGUGGUUUAAAUAUGUGGGGAUGGGCAGAAGCUGGUGUCAAUCAUGUACUUAUCUUUGAAGUAGAUCCACGAAAUCAUUUAACUUAUCAAUCGGUAAUGCAAAUUGCCUCAUUUAUGUGUAUGCUAUGGUCUCUUGGUGUAUUGGGAUAUCUGUACUGCCAUCUCAUUCAUUUACCACCUUUUCUUUUUCCUUUACUCUUAAUGAUUAUUUGUGUCAUCUAUAUAUUUAAUCCAUUGAAGAAACCGAAUAGCAUUUUUCAAAGAAAUAGUCGUUUUUGGAUUCUAAAACAUUGCUUCAAUUGUUUCACCGCUCCGUUACAUUUUGUUACAUUCAUCGAUUUCUGGCUUGGUGAUCAAAUGAAUUCGCUAGUAACAAGCUUUCUUGAUUUUCAAUAUUUUAUAUGUUUUUACACCACAGAAGUUGACUACAGUGACUGGUCAUUUUCGGCUCGAACGGUGAAUGUGACGACUAGUGAAUCAAUUCCUUGGGGUUAUGUUGAUAUCAGUACGGGUCGUGAUAUGUGUACUAGUUCAUCCGGAAUCCGCGUUUUAGUGUCUAUUUUUCCGGCUACGGUUCGAUUUAUGCAAUGCUUACGACGUUUCCGCGAUACGGGCCAUGCCCAUCCUCAUCUUAUCAAUGCUGGUAAAUAUUCCACCACCUACCUCGUCGUUUUUUUCAAAUCUCUCAAUCAUUGGGUUGAAAAAACUGAUCCAACUGCGACAAGUAUAUUCUUUUAUUUAUGGAUUGCAUCAUACAUUUUUAGCUUUGCUUAUACAUUUCUCUGGGAUGUUUUUAUGGAUUGGGGUCUUAUUGAUCCAUUAGCACCGAAGGAUUCACCAUUCCUUCGUGAAGAAAUGAUUUACGGUAGCAAAUGGUAUUAUUAUGGUGCAAUUGUGGAAGAUUUCAUAUUACGUUUGUCCUGGGUGCUCAAUAUUUCACUUGGUGAGGCUUGGACAAUGGAAUCUGAUUUAUUGACCUGUAUAACAGCUCCAUUAGAGGUGUUUCGACGUUUUGUGUGGAAUUAUUUUCGGUUAGAAAAUGAACACAUUAACAACUGUGGUCAAUUUCGAGCUGUUCGUGACAUUUCAGUAAAACCAAUUAAAAAAGGUGACUUGGAAUCGUUGCUGUUAAAAAUGGACGAGGAAAAUGGUGUUAGUCAUCGUGGUCAUGAUCUUAGGAUACGUGUCAAGAAACAAAAGAAAUCAUUGAAAAGUCGAAGGCAAAUCUUACGGCGUGCACGAUUCGCUCGUAUUGCCAUCGGUUUUCAUCCUAAUAGCUCAUCAUCACCUAUUCUAGCUGAGACAAGACAUUGA